AUGAUGAAUAGAUAUUAUUCGAAGCAAUAAUUAAACAUUAAAUUUAACGACUAAUUCAAUCCUAUGAGAAUCUUCAGUGCUAUUAUUUUCUUGAGCGCCUUGAUAUUGCUAACAUUUACAAACGAAGUGUCAGCUGCGUUCCUUAAAGCUUCAUAAAAAGUCAUUUAUACUUACAAAACAGGAGAUAUUAUGAGAAAUAAGUAAUCUUGUGAGAAAGAUUGCAAGAGCAGAAUGUCAGGCAACGCUUGUGAGGUUAAGAAUGGAGAAGUUUUAUUUAUUUACUCAUUGAAAAAAUCAUGCAGAAGUUAUCGAUUGAACUCAUUGGCUAAAAGUAAAUAAUAAGAGGAAUUGCAACAGAAGAAAAUUAACUAUAGUCUGAAGCUGGAUUCUUUGAAUAAAUAUAGACAAAAAAAUAACCUGUGA